CCUUUGUCUGCUCUCUUGAAAUCGGCUGGUCCGCUUCAUAGAACAAGAUACAACAAAACAAAAACAGACCAAAAGAAAGGUAGACUUGGCAACAUAUCUCUGCUUUCAAGUGCGACCGACUCUUGUUUCACCAUGAGGACUCUCAGCGCCUCACUAUACAUCUCCCUCUUCGCUCUCGGUUGGUAUGCCUGUCUAGCCCUCCCCGUGAGCGCAACGAAAGUAUCCCGCACCCUUUCCCAGACGGAGUCUCUAUCUUCUGCCUACUGGAUGAAGCGAGGCACUGGCACCUGGGACAGCCAUUUCCAUGAUCGACACAAAGAAAAGGCUUUGACGAACGUCCAACAAAAGUGGGUGGCCAAGUCGAACAACUUUACGUCAGUUUCCCGCUCGUCGGAGAAGCCCAGACCCAGCGACAAAAUUCGCGGGGCAAUUGCCAUCAACGAACACUGGAUGCCAGAACGUCAACCGACUCAAACCUUCAGCGGCUCGGCCGACGGUGUGGCCGAAUUUAUGUUCAAGUUCCGCAACUACCCCUCCAAGGGAGAGUCCAGGGGACGAGACUGGGAAAAAAUCCUCGUCGACGAGCAGACUGACGAGCCACCGUCCAAGCGGGCAGCGGACGAAGAUCCAGACAAGAUAAUCAGGGAGGCCAACGAAUUGAUCAAUACAGUGGAUGCCUUUAAAGUCGCUAAGGCUGUACGCGACAAACUCGGUGAUGUUGUGCUGAGCAACAACCUGAUAAGGCUCAUUAGUGAGGCCCAGCAAGGUAUGGGAGCGUUGCAGAUUCUCGAAGAGGCUAGGACCAAAGCCGCAAACGACGAGCGCUCAACUCGCAACUUCGAAAGUAUAGAGGGCCCUACAUCGUCAUUCGUUGAUGAAGGAGACAGCUCGACUCCAUUACUGUCGACGGGCAACAAGGAUAAAAAGAGGAAGAAGAAGCAGCAGGGUGGCAAGGGCAAAGGCAAGAAGUAUGGAUCACAUAGCUGA